GGUUUCUCAACUGCAAUAUCGGCCAAAGAGUCAGGUAUGAUGGGGAGGUCUCCUUGUUGCGAUGACAAUGGUUUAAAGAAAGGGCCAUGGACGCCAGAGGAAGAUCAGAAGCUGAUAGCCUACAUUCAGCAAAAUGGCCAUGGAAGCUGGAGAGCACUCCCCAGGCUUGCAGGAUUGAACAGAUGUGGGAAGAGUUGCAGACUGAGGUGGACUAAUUAUCUCAAGCCAGAUAUCAAGAGAGGAAAGUUCUCCGAGGAGGAAGAGCAAGUCAUCCUCAACCUUCAUUCGAUUAUUGGGAAUAAGUGGUCUGCGAUCGCUAGCCAUCUUCCAGGAAGGACGGACAACGAAAUCAAGAAUUUUUGGAACACCCAUUUGAAGAAGAAACUCCUCAAAGCGGGUAUUGAUCCUGUAACCCAUAAGCCAAGAACUGAUCUCAAUCUUCUCGAUCUACCUCGGUUGCUGGCUGUGGCAAACAUUGAUUUGAUGAACCCAUUAGGCAAUGCUCUCAGGCUACAGGCAGAGGCGGCACAACUAGCCAGAAACCAACUUCUGCAGCACCUAGUGCAAGCCAUUAAUACCAGCGUGCCUCAGACGAAUGUAGAGGCAGUUAGUCUGUUGGCAUCUGCUCCCAUUCAGGGUUACGGCCACGCUGAAUAUCUCGCACCCAACACUCAAUUGGAAGGACCUCUGAAUAACCCUCAAGUAGUUCCCAAUAACUCAUCAGGAAUUCCAAACAACCCUUCUUGUCCUGGAUUUCACCACUAUCCCCAAAUGUCUUCUGAAUUCACAGAUUCGGAGGUCCAACAACCACCCAACGACAGCCGGAUUCUUGAUAACUCAGUCUACUUUGGAGGGGUUGGCAUUAACGCUCAUAUAUCAAUACAAACUUAG